ACUCUCUUCUCAUUUCCCUCUCUUCAUUAAUUCCAAGUAUUUUCAUUUCCUUUUUACCUAUCCUCUUUGUCUAUCCUUUAUUUAACUUUCUCACACACCUAAAUAAUAUUAGAAAAAAUGGUACACUUCAAGUUUUCCCUCUCUGUCUUAUUUCUUCUUUUUCUCCAGUUUCCCCUCCAAACCAUCUCAACCAACUCUGAAGGGAAUGCUCUGCAUGCUUUGAGGAACAGACUUUCUGACCCCUACAAUGUGCUGCAAAGCUGGGACCCAACUUUGGUUAAUCCAUGUACUUGGUUUCAUGUUACAUGUGACUCCAACAACCAUGUGAUUCGCUUAGACUUGGGCAAUUCUAAUGUUUCUGGAACUUUGGGCUCAGAACUUGGCCAGCUACACCAUCUGCAAUAUCUGGAGUUGUAUGAGAAUGACUUAAGAGGAAAAGUUCCUAAGGAACUUGGAAAGUUGAAAGCACUUAUUAGCAUGGAUUUGUAUGGUAACAAGUUGGAGGGAAAAAUCCCAAAGUCAUUUGGCAAGUUGAAGUCAUUAAAAUUCUUGCGGCUUAACAAUAAUAAAUUAAUAGGAUCUAUUCCGAGAGAACUCACUGGUCUCACUAAUCUCCAAAUCUUUGAUGUUUCUAAUAAUGACCUUUGUGGAACAAUACCAGUUGAUGGCAACUUUGGAUCCUUCCCAAUUAAAAGUUUUGAAAACAACAGACUCAGUGGUCCUGAGCUGAAAGGACUUGUUUCGUACGAUUUUGGAUGCUGAAGAAAGAUAUAUAUAAUUUUGUUUGAGACCACAAUGAAGCAAGUUAAUUUUCCUAGGGAGCAUAAGAAUUGGUGGUGUUAUUUCCACAUCAAUAUAUAUAUUUCCCCCAUGUUUAGUUGUUUACUUAUAUUGAUUGGAAAAUAAAAAUUUAAGAGUGAUUGUAAGAAUGGUGAAAAAACAAUUGUAUGUAAGAUGAGAGUAUCUAUAUCUAGUUGCAAGUGGCAUGAAAUAGUAAGAUGAGCACUUAAAGAAACUUAGUGCAGUUUUUGUUCUAA